UCCACCACAACCACCACGAUGGAAGACCACACGAUACUCUCUCCCUAAUCAGCACCUGUCCCGAAGUUGUAUACCGAAGCGCUAUCACAUUUCCGUAAUCAUGGCGGACCAAAUUCAAGAGUUCAUGGAAAUCCCACGGGAUUUCAUCAAAGAUGGCACCCAGUUCAUUCACAGAUGCACCAAGCCUGAUCGCCGCGAAUUCAUUAAGAUCUCACAAGCUGUUGGUGUUGGAUUCCUCGUUAUGGGAGCAGUUGGUUACCUUGUCAAAUUAAUACAUAUCCCAGUGAACAAUAUCCUGGUUGCCGGUGCAUAA